AUGGAAGAAUUUCAGAUUGUGGAGAAAAACACGAUAUAUUAUGAAAAACUUGAAAAAAAUCUAUUAAACAUCCCUCAGCCUAAUAGAAUCAGAAACUCCGAUAUCAAUGUGCCCAACGUUUUUGUCGUAGAUGAUGCUUUCCCUCUAACAGAAAACAUGAUGAAACCAUUUAGACAAGCUCAAUUAACUUCUGUAAACAGAAAGAUAUUUAACUACCGCUUGUCCCGAGCCAGACGCAUUAUUGAAAAUGCAUUCGGUAUUUUGGUAGCUCGAUUCAGAAUAUUUCAUACAGCAAUCAACUUGAAACCAGAACACAUUGACUCCGUUGUUAUGGCCUGCUGUGUCCUACAUAUUUUUUUACUAAAAAUGGUACCUAGUUCGUAUGCUCCUCCAGAGUGCUUUGACCGUGAAGGUACAAAUUUAACAGGAUAUGAAGCACAAAACGAUCACACCAAUGGAUUAAAUAGAAGCAAUUUAGGAAACCCACCUCGAUCGGUCAAAGAGUUGCGUUAA